CGUGAAGGCCGCAGCAGCGUGCGCAGAGUCAAGAGCGUCCGUUCCAGCCAGCGACACCAGGGAAGCAGAGAAAGCACCUUCACCGACUCCAUCCCACCGCCCGCGCGACAGCGAUCCCAAUCUUUCUUCGCUGCCGGUGCAACAUCGACAUCUUCUUCGCGCUCGAGCGCGUGCUCACGCGCCCUCUCCGUCUUUCUCGUCUCCAGCCUCUUCACCUUGUCAUUUCUUCCGCGUCCUUCACGUGCUUGCCUUCCCUUUUUCUCCCGCGACUAUCUCGAAGCCUUGCCCCGACUCACCUCGACGCAGAGUGCCUGCUCGCUCUGCUCCGCUCCGCGUCACCGAGCCCAAGGCCAUAGGGGAAUUCGAACGAACCGGGGAAGAAAAAAAGAAGAGAAAGACCAAAAGAGCCAAAGCAAAAGGCUACUAUCUGUCGUGCCAUGUGGCUCUUGAGAGCCGCGUCGUCUCUUGCUUUCCUCUUUCUGAUCGUCUUCACCAUCCCUCUAACCUUCGACGUCGGCGGAAAGGACUGCGGCCUCGCGUUCUCCCUAGCCCUCUCGUGCUACUACUUCCUGUUCUCGGUCCUGCGUCUCGUCACUCCGGACCAUGGCUCGCGCUUCCGUCUCGCCCUCGUCCAGCUCGUGAGGUACACGCAGUGGUUGGCCAUCCUGGCCUUGAUGAUAUGGAGCAUGAACAAGUUUGCCGUCGACUCCAACAACGCCGCCAAGAGCUGGGUCGAGCGCACCUUCAAGCCCCAACUGAGCCAGGACAGCUCCUUGAAGCUCUGGCUGCUGGGCAGGGGCGGCGUGGUCGAGAGCGUCGCCCUGCACGGCUGGGAGAAGCUGCUGUUGUGGUCCGCACCGCUCUUCCAGUUUCUCGAGGGCUUUUGCAGCCUCCUCGUCAUCCAGGCGUGCGGACAAAUCACACGCUGGCUUGUCAACCGGGAGGGAGGUGACAGUUGGAUGAUUGGACUGCUGGGCUUGUCCUCUGCCAUCCUAUCGUCCUCGCUCUACUUCCUCUGGCGUAUCACUACCUUCCCGGAACUCAACACUACCGACGCCCUCCUCAUCGGUGCGACAAUCACCUGCGUUGUUAUUCUCGGUUCUUGGGGCAUCUUCAACGGCAGGGGCAAUCCUGUCGAGAGCUCUCUUCUUUUUGCCUACAUAACCUUGUGCAUCUACCAGAUCUUCACCGACUACCAACCGUCCAAUCCGAAGACUGAGGCCACCCCGCCUGUUCAGCCAGAGUAUCCGCCUCUGCCGCCCGUCAUCAUGGCGACGUACUCAACCCUGCUGCACUACCUCUCGAGCCUGCCGACCGCGAUACAUGCCUCGUUCAACUUUGUUUUUGCAGUCGUGAUGACCAUCACUCCUUCCGUCAUCAUCUCUUUGGCCUACCGCGUCUUCGUCAUGUACGCCGCCGCCCGGAUCAUCCCUGCCAUUCGAGAGUCCGGUGCAAGAGCUCUUUCCGAGGAGCCUAGCCUUGAUGACGAUGACGAUGCGGGCCGUUUCCUGGGAUUUCUGUCCUGGUUUAGCCCCAGCAUACUGAUUGCUGUCUACACCAGUCUCCUGAUGCAGCACUUCACAACGGUGAAUGGCAACGGGAACAUGGGUGCACAGGGCGAGUGGUGGUUCAUGGGCGUCGGAGGUGGAGAUGCGGGAGGCAAUCUGUACAGGUGGCUGAACGUCGUGUUUGUGCAGUUGAUCUACGCUGUGGAGCUGUACAUGAGCAGGGACGAGGUGAUUGUGCCACACUGGAAGGUCGAUUGAGCGGGCGGAGUGUGGUCCAGGAUUGGGACGACUUUCUUUUACAAGGCUCUGCACAAGUAUAAAGGAAAGGGAAUCUAAGGAAAGAGAAGCUCUGCGAUCGCACGUGCACUUACGCACAAGUGCCCUUUAUACAGAGCGUAGCGGGCCGCAAAAGAGCUUGGGCCGCGAGACAUGGGGAACGAUGAGUACUCGUGGUGCAGCGGACAAAGUCUAAUAUGGAUGUGUACCCGCUCCCUCCCUACGCUCGCGCCUGGCCUGACUUAUGUCUGGUCUAUACCCCUCUGCAUUCCACUUCGCUCGAUCCGAGCCUGAAGAAACCAAUUGCUUUCCCAGCAUGUUCGCCGGGAAGGCAUCUGCAAAGAAACAUGCACAUCCCCAAACCCCUCCCCAUACCUCCAUUUACAUCACACUAAGUGAAAGAAGAGUACGAGAUGAAGAGCGAGAUGGAAGAGGGAAGGUAGAAUUGACUAUUGCUUGCCAAGAAUGGCCCCUCUUAUCAGGUUGGCUUGUACUUCUAAGUACCUCAGACAACAAAUUCGCGGCUCAGGCUUCGUAUAUUCGGCUUGUUGGUGUUCUGAAACGUUCCAACACACAUUUUUUUUUUCUUCUUCUUCUGCGACUGGGGCGUAUGCCCUGGCUCUUUUGGACCCAACCUUUAGAUCUCUUAUCUGCUGCGAGUUCUGCCAAGAUCUUACCAUAUUCAUUCCACUUGACAACUCAAUAUAUAUGUUGGUCAUAUCUAGUACAUUAUGAAGACGUCAUGAAUAAGGAAAGCUAUCUUCGCUGCUCAAUCUAUAUUCUUCAUGGUAACAUUCCAGUCCUGGCUGACUAGACUUCCGGCCG